GGAGCGCGGAGGGGCGGCCGGGCCGGGCCGGGCCGGGCAGCGGCGGAGCUGUGCGGGGCUGUGCGGAGCUGUGCGGGCGAGGGCCGGCGCCAUGGCUCCUGUGCUGAACCUCAACAACGAGGUUGUGAAGAUGAGAAAAGAUGUGAAGAAGGCCAGAGUCCUGACUAUUCGCAGACUUACCAGACACAUUGGGAAAUUAAAGUUGAAAAAGGGUUCAGAAGAGCUGAAAUUAAAGAACCAAAAACGAGUUGAGAGAUUAAUAGAAGAAAUCCAUGCCAUGAAGGAAAUAAAGCCAGAUGAAGUUACCAGACUUGCUCUUCGGACAGAAGUUAAUUUUGAAAGUGUCUGCAAAAAGCCAAAUUGUACUGCAGCUGAGCGAGCCACUGCAAGACUUGCCACACACCCAAUCUUGAAACCCAGAUUUAUUGAACUUAAAGCUGCUGUAAAAGCUUUUAAGGAUGCAAGAAAGAGCACAGCUGAAGCCACUCAUUCAAAACAAGCUAAGUCAGAAGAACAGCCUAAAUCAGCACAACAUUUCAGUAACAAUUCGAAUAACCAAGCUCUUAAACUAGCUCAAAAACAGCAAGGAUGUGAACAAAAACAAAAAAUGAGUAUGAAAAUAGAAACUGACAGGGUGGCUGAAGAACUUCCUGAGAAGGAACCUGAAAAGCCUGUGGAAAUGGGGAGAGCAAAUGUUCCAGAAGAAUCUCCAUUUCAGCCAGUAGAAAUGCAAGCAGUCACUCAAAAUAAAACAGGAAAGAAACUUGGCUAUCAAAACAGGAAAGAAAAUAUGAGUAUGAACAAAUUAAGCACAAUAAAAGAAAUCAUUAACAAUAAUAGUGACCUGGAACAACCUAAUGAAGAGGAGUACUAUGAUGAUAGUACUGAAGAGAGGUUUUAUAACCAGUCAUCAGAUUCUGACAGUGACAGCAAUGAUGAUUUCUUCAUUGGCAAAGUAAAAAGAAAGAAAAAGACAGCAGCAGCUACUGAUCUCUCUUCAGCAAAAGGAAAGGAUAGACGUCAGAAAAACAUAAUGAGGAAAGAAAAGAACACAGCACCUGGGACAGCACAAGAUUUGAUAAUGGAAGAAGGAAAGCCACAUGCAAAAGCAAGCAAGCUAGAAUCUAUGUUCUGCAGUUCUUUGUCUACCUCAAAUCAGAAAUCUCAAAACAGAAGAAAUACUCAAGACCAACCUCUCAAAAAUGGAAGGACAGCACUUCUUAAAAAGGAACCACAGCUCAAGAAGCAAUCAUUUGCAAAAGCUGCAGGUAUUACAUACGACAAUAAGAAAACAUGUUUGGAGCAGCCUCUUCAUCCUUCUUGGGAAGCAAGCAAGAGACGCCGGGAACAAAUGUCUCAAAUUACAGUGUUCCAGGGGAAAAAGAUUAAAUUUGAUGAUUUAGACUAAUUUAAGUUAGGAUUUAAAAAAAAAUGCUUUUAGAUUUGUAUCAAUGGUACUUUCUUAUGAAGUAACAACUGCUGUUUGAACAUUUUUGUUAUACUGUCCUUAUCCUUUGGAAUCUAUAAAAUAGCAACUGCUAGAAAUAACCAUCUGUUAAUAAUGAAGAUUGCUUCAUUUAUUUAAUGUGCUGUCUGAUAAUUAAUGGUCAUAUGUUGUUAGUUCAUAAGUCUCAUUACAUAGUGCCACCAUUUAGGAAAUACACCCUAACAUUAAUUAAUAUUUUUUAGAAACAUCAUUUCUUCUUUGGAGCUCUUUUGUGUGUAGAAAUGUUCUUUAAAUUGUAUAAGGACUUGGAUGUCAAGAGAGAGGGACAAUACAAAAUACUAAAGUGCUAAUCUUAAAACUAUAUUGUCAAAUCCAUCCCAACUGAGAAAAAGUAAGAGAUCCUUAAACUCAACAGACUUCACAAAAUCAUUAAUGCAUCAAGUAGCUUGAAAAGCCAGUCAGUAGUAUGAGUGGUAUGAAGAUUUCUGGAGAAAAAUAAAAUAUUGGCCUGCUAAA